GGUCGGGCCACCACCAGGCUCGUGUUUGUACGACUUGAUAAGUGCACUGCUUACCCGGUGCUCAGCAUAAAGCCCAAUUCGGGAAGAAAGUGAUAGCAGCACCGCAGCCAUGAAAGGAGGACCGAGAGUGGCGACAUUUUAGAAGCCAUGAGACUCAUCAGCCAUUCAGCUACCAAGCCCGCAAAAAGCGGUCAGACAAGAAUCCUGCCAGUGCUGCAUAGUAACACACUGCAGGGUUGUCAGUUCCAAUGCCAAUCAUCAGAGUCGACCCUCGAACUCGUGGGCUGUCCAGCUGCCAGGCCCUGGUUGUGUCCUCACGUGGCAGUGACAGAGCUUCGUACAACUGACAGGGCAACACUGUGCAGUUUUCUGUCGGCCAGAAAAGCAAGGUGGCUCAAUGUCAAACAUACAUCACGUCCGCCUCUCGUGGGACAGAGCAAUAGAAACAGAAAGGCUGGUUGCGAGAAUGGGGGCUUGGUGACGGCAGGCAAAAGUUUACCUCCAGGCAUGUCAGUUAAGCGGGCUGAUUCCGAACCGUCCGCUCGGAACCAGCGGCUGUCACACAGGCAGCCGGCAGGGAUAUGGGCGCUCAGACCUUGAAUGAAAGGGAGGCACACAAGAUUUGACACGGUGUGUGUGUGCACUGGAAAGCCUGCGAGUGUCAGAAGCAGGUAGCCAGCCUGCCCGUAGUGAGCGGGAUAUAAAAACCUCAACCAAAUUGCUGGAACCGAGUUGCCGGGAGUGUUGGGAUCAACCACUAAAACUGCCCUAGUUUCGUAGUAGUACAGCAAGUGAUCCUCCACCUUCAAGU